AUGGAGGUGGAGAAGGCCGUUGAGCCCCCCAAGAAGAAGGAGGAGCGCCAGGUGGCGGCCGCGCUGCCCGUAGUGGGCGUCAUCGCGGCCCUCGCGGCGGUGGGGGCUUACCUCUACAAGAAGAAGCCCUGGAAGAAGGGCGACAGCGCCCCCGCCCCCACCGCCUAG